AAUAUUUUUUUUCAAUUUCAUUCUAGUAGUAGACUUUCUACGUAUCUUUUGUUCUGAGAAACUUGUAAACUAGCCAAGCUUGUAUUCUUGUCCCAAAUCACUGUCCUCAAUUCAAUCCAUACGGUCGUCUUCUCUUUUUCAAAACAGAGAGAGAGAGAGAGAGAGAGGGAGAGAGAGAGAGAGAGUAUACUUAAACCCUUGUUACCUGUAUCUAUACUAUCUUAACAGUCUUUCCCCAAACCCCCAUUAUAUAAACCCUAAAUCUUCACUCAUUAUGAUUUUCUCCGACCCAGAUUGAUUAAUCAGCGACCCACUUGAGAAAAUCAACCCUACUCUCUGUAUGGACUUACCCAAAUCAAAUCCACCUCCAAAACGGGUCUUAAUUCGCCCCCCUCAACACCCCAAUUUACCCACUCCCCCAAACCCUAAUCCGCCUCUUCCUGCUCAAUCAAACGGCGUCGUUGUGGUGGGCUUCAUUGGCAGGCAAAACUGUGAUGUGGGUCAGUUGAUUAAUAGGGUUCUUGAUGCUAAUGUGUUUGGUUCUGGGAAUCUUGAUAAGACUUUUGGGGUUGAGAGUGGUGGGGUUGUUACUGAGGAGCUUAAAGAUUGGUUGAAGUGUAGGAAGAUUAGUUUUUUUCAUGAUGAGGAUAAGGGGAUUUUGUAUUUGCAGUUCUCAUCGAUUAGGUGUCCGGUGAGGGAAGAGUUUGAGGAGGGUGGACUGGGGUUUGAUUCGGUGUUGGAAGAGCGGGAAUUCGGGGAUCUUCAAGGAAUGCUGUUUAUGUUCUCUGUUUGCCAUGUCAUUGUGUAUUUCCAUGAGGGGUCACGUUUUGAUGUACAGAUAUUGAAAAAGUUUCGAAUCCUGCAAUCUGCCAAGCAUGCAAUGGCACCAUUUGUCAGAUCAAGAACCACACAACCUUCACCAUCCAAAUUAAAUUCUUCUUCCUCACAAGUAUCCGUUUCUGGCGUAACUUCUAGCCGAUCUCCCGGUAAAUCUGGUGGUAUCUUGAGACGUAAUGGUUCAUCAGUUUCAUUGAUGUCAGGCCUAGGUUCAUACAACUCCUUAUUUCCAGGGCAAUGUACACCAGUUACGCUAUUUGUUUUUCUUGAUGAUUUCUCUGAUGAUGCUCCCGGUUCUAAUGUUGAAGAGUCUGUUGAAACCUCCUCAUUGAAUCAGUCAUCAAGUGCGAACAGUUCUGCUAGGUCAAAUUUGCCUACCAAAGGAUCUGGUCCUGUUGUUGUGCUGUCACGCACUAGUAAGUCUGAAGUUGAAACUAAGAAAAAACUGCAAUCAUCCCUUGAGGCACAGAUUCGAUUUUCAAUUAAAAAAUGUAGGACACUUUCGGGAACUGAAUCGGGAUAUGCUGGGAGGAAAAGUGGGGGUAUGUCAAGCUCAGCACCUUUGUUUUCACUAGAUGCAGCCAAAGCAGUUGCAUUAGUAGACAGAUCGUCAAAUCAAAGAGGUGAAUCACUUGAUUUUGCCACUUCUCUUGUUGAAAAUAUUCUGAACGGAACGAGAUCAUCUGAUUCUCUUUUGCUUGAGAGUCAUAACCAGAGUUCAAAUAAAGAGGAUAUCUUAUCUGUAAAAGAGUUCAUAUACAGACAGGCUGACAUCUUAAGGGGGAGGGGGGGAGGGGUUGCUAACGCAAACAAUGGCUCAGCUGUUGGUAUGGUAGCUGUUGCUGCAGCAGCUGCUGCUGCCUCUGCGGCUUCUGGAAAGGCAUUGACUACUCCUGAUCUUCCUAGUCUCGAGAUCUGGUUGUCUUCUUGUCAGCUUAUUUUGCAUGGUAUUCUUUCUGCAAAACGUUGCUCUACAGAUGAACCAGAAUUUAGCUCGCAAAAAUCUUGCCAGCGGAAUGCUUUCCCACAAGUUGUGGAAACAAAUUCUUCCAAACUUACAGAUCCUCUAGACAUUGCAGUCUCCCUUUUGGAGGGCGGUAAAGGGCUGAACACGAGAUUUUCUACUUUGUGGUGCCAAAAGGCCCUUCCAGUUGCAAAAGAUGUUUAUUUAAAAGACUUGCCUCCUUGCUACCCAACAUUGCUGCACAAGGCUCACUUGGAGAAAGCUUUGGGUGCAUUUAGAUCGAUGGUCAAAGGACCUGCUGUUCAGCGUUACUUGAAAAAGUUGGAGGACGAAUGCACAUCCAUAUGGAUUUCAGGAAGGCAACUAUGCGAUGCCGUUAGUCUGACUGGAAAACCUUGCAUGCACCAGAGGCAUGAUGCGGGAACUGGUAAUCAACUUGCAAAAGAUGAGAUCAAACUACACUCCAGUGGAUUUGUUUUCCUUCAUGCCUGUGCAUGUGGCCGUUCAAGGCGAUUACGUUUUGAUCCGUUUGAUUUUGGAGCUGCAAAUGUUACAUCAAGUUGUUAUCAAGAAUGUGAUAAGCUUCUUUCUGCAAUUCAGCUUCCACAAGUAAAUGAUACUGGGCCUAUUCAGUCAUCAUCAUGGAGCUUGAUCAGAGUUGGUGGUGCAAGAUACUAUGAACCUUCAAGAGGCCUACGUCAGAGUGGUUUUUCUGCCUCUCAGAAAUUUCUACUGAAAUGGAGAAUUUUUCUGGAGAAAAGCAAAGAGACAAACGAAUCAGCAUGUUCUGUGCACGAAGUUGAUAAUCAUAGGUCGAUUAGCGCGUCCAAUAUAGAAAGUUUUGCAGAUGAAGACAGAAAAAAAACUAGUUCUGCUCAGUUGGAGCAGAGGGAAAUCCCUAACGAAAUAGAAGUUCUUGAAAAUUCCCCAUCUGACAACAACAGAAUUGAUAAUAGCAAAAUCAGGUUUGGGAAAGGUCCCCCUAAUUUUACAAUGAAGAAACCUUUUUCAGAGGUUGUGGCUGGAUCAACAGCUGCAGAUUCAGGUUUCCCACCCCUUCAGUCGAAAAAACAAACUUCACUAGCUUUGGACAAAGGCAUGAAGCAACUUACUAUAGUUGGUAGGAGAAUAGAGCAAGUUAGUGAAAAAACUGAUGAUCAAGGAUCUCAAAAGGUUGAAAAUGCAGUUGCAGAUAAAAUUGAGAUCAGUAAUGCAAGUAGGAAUAGCAAUCAAGUUUUGGAAAUAGGUAGCAAUGUCAUUUCGCUGAACACUUAUACUAAGGAAAAAUCUGAAUUGUCUUCGUCAAAGCAUGUUACUGUGUAUUUUGGAUUUGAGCAUGAGUGCCCUCGUGGUCACAGGUUCAUGUUGACCCCGGAGCUCCUCAGUGAACUUGGCUCAUCAUAUGCGGUGAAUGAAGAAUCUCAUCUCCAAUAUUCAUGUGCAAGCAAGUUGGGUAAUAAAGUGGCAGAGGCUACUCGAUUAGUUAAGAAUAGUGGUCGCAGUAAAGUUCAGCGCCAUGCCAAUGGGAUAACUACUACAGCUAGUAAGGAUAGUACUACCGGGACUUCAAAAGAUAUAAUGACUAGCUCCAAUCGUCAUGCGGACAGAUUAUGGCAACAUUCUCUCUCCUCCGAAGUAAGAAACAGUCUGUCAGUAGCCAGUAAUACUAUGGAAGAUGUUGAAGGUAUUAUGCAAUCUGUAACUCUUGAAGAUGGUGGAAAUGCUUUCUCCUUACUUGACAGAAACUUGCCAAUUUACAUGAAAUGCCCUUACUGCCGCACCUCAAAGAAUAGAAGGGAUCCACCUAACGUUAAAUUUGCGGGCACAAUAUCCCAGCUUCAAAGAAUCUUUUUGGUCACUCCUGCGUUUCCAGUCCUUUUGGGUACAUGCCCCGUUAUACAAUUUGAGAAGUCGUGCCUACCUCUAUCAGUCCCGGACCCUGAACAAAAACUUCAGUUCACUCUUGGCUGCCAAGUGAUCUUGCCACCAGAGAGUUUCCUCUCACUUAGGCUCCCAUUUGUAUAUGGUGUACAGUUAGAGGAUGGAAGUCUACACCCUCUUAGACCUUUUGAAGAUGAACCAGAACGAACUGCCUGGAUUACCAAAAGCACAACGUUGCACGUUCUGUCCAAAGGAAGUAAUCCUGAUAAAUAAUUGUUCAGUUAGAUAACUAACCAGGCUACCCUCUGAUUUGGAUAGCAGUCGAAAGAGUUUUACAGAAGCAGGCACCUAUAAGGAGUUCCUCUUGAAUUUUGGUAAGAGAUAAGGAUCCAAUGCUUGAUAAUUUGUUACCUAUGGGAUUUGUUAACGUGACAAGCUACAUCAUGUGAAUUAAGACAAGAGUUAUUGAUUUAGCUGUCACAUGGUCCUCACUAAGUCUAUGCUGUUACUUCAAGUGGAACUUCAUCACUUGAGAAUUUACUUUUCGGCCCUAAAAGACCACAAAUCCACGUUGUUGCUUGACUUGCUCCCCUGGAGACUGUCCAUCUCAAUCUCUGAUCAAAUCUACUCCGGACUGUUCCGAUUAAACUUUAUUCUACAGCAGGAUCAACCUCAAUCUUCGAUCUACCACAUUGAAUUGCACUCGAACUCACACCUGAUCUGCAAAUACAAAAUUGGGCCUCAACUCUUACUCUCUCGAGGCAACAAGUUAUACUAAAGGGGGCGGCUUGAGAAGUUAUACUAGAACAAUCUCCAAAACAUGAAUAUGGGAAUAUUCUACUAGUUGAAUUACUGGAGUUUGUUCAGUCUUAUGAAUUGUCCCAUGACAGUUAUCUUUUAAUGUAGCGAACCAUAGUAUAAAUCAUAAAUUUUUGUUGUAUUUGUGAUUCAGCCUUGUACUUUUCGAUUCACAUCUUCUAUUAGGGUGCCCCAUGUUAAAGUGAAUAUCAUCUGGUAUUUCCGGACCUUAUAAAGUAAUAAUAGUAUUUGACUGCUC